GUCAAAACUGCAUGUCAUCAAAAUUUCAUGUUUAUUCAUUUUCAUGUUUUCAGCAUUCAAGAAUUUUAAAUUAUUAUUGCCGCUAUCAUUUUGCGUAAAACAAAUAUUCAAACAUUUUACAAAUAUAUUUAUCAUCCACGUCUGGUUGGACGAUGUACACCUUUUGUAGCAUUAAUUCCUUCAUUAUAUACUAAACCUUUAAGUACUCCCAUAACAUCAUCAGAUGUAGAAGAAAAUAUUGGAGAGCUACUUAAUUUGGUGAAACAUGCGCUAGAUAAGGGAGAGCUGGAUAAAGCAGAAGCUAUUUUAGAUAUGGGCAUCAAGAUUUGUGAAGAGUAUCAAUCUUAUUUUUCACUUCCAUAUAUGUAUGAUGUUUUGGCAUCAAUAGCUUUUGCGACUGGCAAAAUAGGAAAAGCAGAAAAUAUCUUGGUUAAGGCAAUUGAAAAAAUGGUACAGUUAAAUAUUGCUGAGGACAAUGAACAAAUGAUCGAUUUUAAGCUUCGUUUGGCCAGAAUAUAUAGUUUAUAUCGCGAAGAUGUUCUUGCCGAAAUUGGAUUUGGUACAUGUCUAAGAGAUCAAGAAAGAAAAAUUAUUAACGGAGAUUUCUCAACAAGAACCGGAAUGCUCUAUAUAAAUUGUUUAUUCUUUUAUGGCCUUCACAAAAUUGGGAUUUCAGAACAUAAAACUGCUAGGCAGCUAAUAGAUUCAGCUUAUAAUUACGCAAUGAAACUGAAAGGACUUAGUCCCUAUCAAGAAAUGAUGAUAUUGGGAACGUUGGCCGAGCUUAAUACGGAGCUUGAGGAAUAUGAAUUAGCACUACAAAAUGUAAACAGCGCCAUUAUAUUGGGAAAAGGUAUAGGAAGUUUUAAUUUACCAAAGUUGUAUUUAAAACUUGCUAAAAUUUACAUCAAAUUAGAUUCUGAAAUUUUAGCUGAACAUUGGUUACGAGAAGCUAACAAUUUAGCAGAGUUGUUUAGUGACAAGAGAGUUGUGGAAGAAACAAAAUUACUUCUUCAAGACAUAGAGUCACGAAAAUAUUAAAUUUUCCUUUUUUCUAUUUUAAUUUACAUUAGGUUUAUAUAGACCAUUAAAAUAAAUAAUUCUAU